AUGCAAAUUCUGUCUAUAUUCUUAAUCUACGUUUUUUCUCUAUCGACAACUGACAGUCUUUCUUGCAUAACAUCCAACAAUACAGUUACUAUCGAAAACAGUGAUACCCAUACUAAUGCUGUGAAAAAACAAUUAGAUGGCUUGAGAACCAGUAAAGUAGGUGAAAAUGGUCUUUGCUUAGUACAAAUACACAAAAAAUCUGAUGCGUCGCCUUUGGUUAUGAGCUUUAACGGUUUAUUGGUUUCCUUACCUCUCGCUGAUGGGCAGAUACGUUUCGAAACACACUUUCGUAUCAAUACAAAGAAAAAGCUCUUCAUCGAGAAUACCAUGUCGUCUGCCUGUUCAAAAUCAAAUGGUUGUGAAAAACAACUCAUAUACAAUCAUAUUGAAUGGUUCAUGAAAGAAUACACAUUGAAUACGCAAGAUGACAUUCGUCGCUUGUUUAAGAAAGAGCGUACUUAUAAAGUACAAUGCUACGAUGUUAACAAAACUGCAACGAGGUGUCGUACUAACACAUGCGUCUAUUCGUAUCACAGCAAAGAAGACUGUUCGAAUCAGUUCUGUGCUGCUCAAGCCAAUCUGCCACAUCGCUUAGAAAUUACUGCGCAGAUCGACACCAUUAAUAACAUGAGUGAUCGAUGGAUUGUGUUCAGAUGUAAUUAUACCAAGUGCAACAACGACGAAAACAUUCGCAAAUUUCAUGAUAUUCUUGAAAACUAUCACGAUAUGUCAUCAUUGCAAAAGAAUUCUACAUACAUCAAUGCACUAACUAGAGCCAUGAAAACAACUACUACAUCUUUGAAAAGAACUUCCAAGAGCAGCAGCAGCGUCUCCACCACCACCAACACCACGGCCGCAACAACAUCAACGACUAUAAUUACUAAGAAUAACAUGUCUCGCAAUGAAAAAAUUAAUUCGAUGUUGUCACUCUUCGUAUGGCCGUUGUGCAUACUUUAUGGAAAUAAUUGA